AUAAUGGCUCUACUGUCUGAGGAAAGGAUAGGAAAAGGAAACUUCUGUUUCCUGGAUUAAUGCGUUAAUUAGUUAUGUCGAUAUAGUAGUAUGACAACUCUUCAGCUUUAAUGUCAUUUGAACUUUGGUGCGAAGUGACGGCUGGCGGAGGAGCAGACGAUGGACUUUGACAGGACAGUUCUGGUGACUGGAGGUUCUGGAUUCAUUGGCUCCCAUUUGGUGUGUUCACUGGUGAGCAGACACCCCGAGUGGAGGAUAAUCAACCUGGAUAAUCUGGAUUAUUGCUGCAGCCCCAAGAGUCUGGAGAGCAUUGAAGACAGAUCUAACUACAUGUUUGUUCAGGGAGAUGUGUGCAACUCCCGGCUGGUGAAUCACAUCUUCAUCACAGAGAAGAUUGACAUCAUCUUUCACCUAGCGGCGAAAACUCACGUCGAAUCCUCGUUUCAGACUCCAUCCAUUUUCCAGCGGGUCAACGUGGAAGGGACCAGAGUCUUACUGACGGCUGCCCAUCAGGCCCGGCACCGGCCGCAGCGCUUCAUCUACAUCAGCACCGACGAGGUGUACGGAGCCGGUCUGGACCAGGUGUUUGAUGAGAGCAGCCCGGUGAGGCCCGGCAACCCGUACGCCGCCACGAAAGCAGCCGCGGAGUACCUGGUCAGAUCCUACUGGGACCAGUAUCAGUUUCCCAUCAUCAUAACCAGGAGCAACAACAUUUACGGGCCCAGGCAGUACACCGAGAAGGUCAUCCCCCGGUUUCUGACCCUCCUGCACAUGAACAAGAAAUGCACCAUUCAGGGAACCCUCCCCAAGUCCCGCCACUUCCUGUUCGUCAGCGACGCCGUCGACGCCUUCCUGCUGCUCAUGGAGAAAGGGCUGGUGGGGGAAGUUUACAACGUGGGGACAAGCUGCGAGGUUCCCAUCGUUCAGCUGGCGCAGGAACUGGUUAAGAUGGUGAAGAACGUCCCGGACUCUGAGUUGAAAGACUGGCUUGAGUUUGUCCCAGACAGGCCGCUGGUCGAUCUCCGUUAUCCGAUCAGCAGCGAGAAGCUGCAGCAGCUGGGCUGGAGAGCACAAGUGUCCUGGUCCCAGGGCAUCAGAGAGACUGUGAAAUGGUACGGAGAAAACCCAAACUUCUGGUCAGACACCAGCGAGGACCAACGGAUCAGAGAGGACCUUGAAAACGCCGCCAGCAUAUGAGGGAUUUUCUCCCCCGUGUUUGUGUUGACAGACAGUAUUCUGGCUGACUUGCAGCUGAAAUAACAAUCGCCAGCCUUAAAUUUUCAUUUCUGACCGUCUCUGAAUGUUGAUAGUUGGACCAACAGGAAGGCUGAGCCUCCAGCCAAAGCCUCACCAGGAAAUACAUGCACUUUACCUUUAUAUUAAAUAUUUAUAGCAACAGUUUCCAGAACACUGGGAUAAAAUGUCAUUGAAGACCUAAUGUAAUAUUUGUCUUUUAUAAAGCUGAAAAUUUUACUUGAUAAUGACCUGCAUCAAAUGCUGGGAUGAGGAGUCUGUCCCUCCCCAUCUUUGCCGAUCAAAAACCCCUUUUUUAUUUCACGAGAAGCAUCUUAGUGAGUGAUCAUCUCACCAAAAAGGAAUGCUUAUCUAGCCUAAAAUAGAGCUGAUUAUUUUAAAAGCUAGUUUUUGUUGACUUCAGAAAUUUGGAGCCAAUAACUCAUCUUUAUAAAUUACUGAGCGGUUAAAAAUGUCCUUGUUUUUUCAAAUACUUACCUGUCAAAUUGUAUCCGUUUAUAUCAAUAUGAGCAUCUAUCUUGUUGAAUAUUUUAAAUCAAGUCUAGGUGGGGGGGGGGUUAAGGUUGUGUUACAAGCCAUGCUGGACCAUUCCUAAGUACCGGUAUUAUAGUAUUGUCUGUGGCUGUUUAGUCAACACAACAGUUCUCUACACCCCCAUGUGGUCACAAGUUUUAUUGCUACAAAAAGUGGCUUUGAAAAAGAAAUUAAAAUGACUUCACAACAAAAAGGCUUUAUAUUUAUUACUUUUGAGCCUGGACAACAGAACAAAUGAACCAAGGUUUUUACAAUAUGACCUGCUCAAUGGUUAAUUUUUUAUAUUUAUUUUUCUAUAAAUGCAGCAUGAAAUGUUACAUGCCUUAAGAACACUCCACACCUGUAGCAUCUUCCUAAAUUGUAUUCAUUUGUGUUUCAAUGCCGUGACAGUGAAGUCAAUAAAAUUACAUUUAUACAUUUUCACUUCAUCUGCAAUUUUAGGACUUUUGUCUUCUUGCUUUGGCUGCAGCAGCUGGGAUGCUUUAAGUAGAUCACAGGCUCUCGAUAAUUCACACGCAAGUGUUGGAUAUUUAAGACUUUAGAGGCUAUUUUUCUGUUUGCUUUAGUUUAGCGGUAGUUAAAACAUGCCUUUAUCCUUUACCCAAAUACAGAUAAAUAUAUAAGUGGAGUUGGGAGGUUUUGACAUCUCCGUCCAGCUCUGAGCAAAGAUGGGUAACAUGAUUUAGAAACUGCAGCUGCAACUUUAGAUUUCAGUAUUUUAGUGAUUGUUGAUUAAAGUAUACAAGUGACCUUGUAGGAUUAGAAGUGAACUUCAUUCAACCAGAUUUUUUUUCAUUUAUUUUGAUGCUCUAGAUUCUGUUCAAAUUUGAAUAAAUACCUUU